CCUUCAACGACCCAAGUUACAACAGCCUUAUUAGUAAUUGCAAUUGCAAUUACACUGUUGGUAAGCUAUGGCGGAAGAAAGUGGUACCUAUAGCAGAAGCAGUUGUACCAUUGAGAGCACCGACGGUGUAAUAUUGGACGGUCGUAUUUACCGGCCAACUUCGGAGGAAAAUUCCAGUUUUGUUGCAGUAUUAGUGCAUCCUUAUUCUGUGCUUGGUGGAUGUCAAGGAUUGAUGAGAGGCAUUGCUAAGGGAUUGUCCAGUCGAGGUGUGAUUGCUGUCACUUUUGACACUAGAGGUGCUGGGAAAUCCAGUGGUCGUGCUUCCCUCACUGGAUCUGCUGAAAUUAACGAUGUUAUCUCUGUUUGCAAAUGGGUUCACACCAAUUUCACUACAAACACAAUUAUCCUUAUUGGUUCAUCUGCAGGAGCAGCGAUAGCGGGAUCUGCAGUUGAUGAAGUAGAGCAAGUGGUUGGGUAUGUGAGCUUAGGAUACCCUUUUGGUUUCACUGCUUCGAUUCUUUUUGGAAGGCAUCAAAAAUCUAUAUUACAAUCCCCUAAGCCAAAACUGUUUGUCAUGGGUACUAAUGAUGGGUUUACUAGCGUUAAACAAUUGGAGAACAAGUUGAAGGAUGCUGCUGGACAUAACACAACUCAUCUUAUUCAAGGAGCUACCCAUUUUCAGAUGGAAGGUCCUGCUUUUGAUGCAGACAUGGUCAACCUAAUUCUUCAAUUCAUUACCACAUUAUGAUCUUACCCAGCAGCUAGAGUUAUACAAGUAUUAAUUAUGAGUGAAUUCAUAUUUUAUCUCAUUUAUUAGUGUUAUAAUAACACAGAUUUUCUCAUAAUCUAGUGGGUUUUUAGAUUGUCAAUCAAAUGUUGUAUUAGUUUUAUACAUGAAUAAUUUAUUUCAUAUCUAUCUAUUAAACAUCAUAUAAGUUA